AUGGGAACUAGAAAACAUAUAUCAGUCAAUCUGCGUGACUUGCAAAGAGUUAUGAAUAAGGAGGAAGAUGAGCUCCCCAACACUAACACAGAAACAAAGUCUAAAUUUGGUGCAACUAAGAAUUUUGAAUACAAACUCUCAAAUAAUCGUUGGGAAAACGAGGAUUACGACGAUGAUUUUGAUUUACCGGCCGAAAAAUUAAUUGAGCCAGAUUUUUCAACACUAAGGGACCCGGAACCAAAGCCAGUAGUUGAACGCAAGCAGCCUGUUGUUAAAGUUGACGAUUCAAGCUUAGACGAUAAUUGGAGAUCUCAGGAAAGUGUUAUAGAGAAUGAAACGUCUGACGCCUGGAGGAUAGCUAAGCCGAAGGAAGAUCAGAAAAAUCACAGUUCCAAUUUCAGGAAUUCGUUCAUAGCAUCCAAGAACAAGGAUCAAGAACUUACCAGAGAAGCCAAAAACGAAGAGCCGAAGAAACUAUAUGUUCCCAGAUUUAGAAGAGAAGCAGCCGAAAAGCCUGAAAACGACAGGUUUAGCUGUUUGGAAGAUCCGAGAGACGACAACUCGCCAAUAAGAGCUAAUUCGCUUAAGGAUUCUGGGCCCUUUUCAAGAAACGAAAACGAUCGCAAAGAGGAUAGACCGAGAGAUGAUUGGGGCUUUAUCGAGAAAAUCGAAGAAAGACCUAGAAACGAUAGGUUUAGAGAAGACAAAUACAAGGAAGAAGAUAAAAGUAAGAGGAGCAUCUUUUCAACGGAAGUCCGAACAAUCGUAACCGAUGAAAAAAAAACAAAAGAAGCAAUAAAAAAGGGUUUAUUUGUGCCUUCAUAUAGAAGGAACCUGAAAAAGGAAGAAACAGUAGAAGACAUAUUCAUAAAAGCAGCUGGAUUAACUGAGACUAAUAAGCAAACAAAGAAAUUCGACCAGGAGUUAAAGCUGAAAAGGGAUGUCGGAGAAGCCGAUAAGCCGAAAAAGGAAGUGAAAAAGAAUGAAGUCGUCAAUCACAAUAAGCUCUUUAAAUGCAGUACAGAGACAGUGUCUCUGGUGGAGGAAUACGUUUUAUCACAGUUGACUGUCCAAGAUGAAGAUUCCCGCAACACACGUUCCGGGUUCCCGGAAUUUGACGAGGAGGGCUCUAUUGUACCAGCAAUAGUGACAUGUGUGAUUGUAUUAAAGUCUUGUGAAGGCUGCACGACGUUGCAGGAGGUUCAAGCCAUGUUCAAAAAUGUACAAAAAUGGUUAUUACACACAACACAGAAUCAUGAUACGAGAGUACUAUUGACCGAAUUAGCCAAAUCAACACACCACUGGGGAUACCCCUCUUUGUCGACAUCAGUGUACUUGAUAGAAGCGUUGUUCGAUUCCCUGUAUGCACUCGGAGUCGUUAAUAAAAGUGAUUUCCUCCAAUGGUUUGAAAGCGAUGUCGAUGAGAUUCCAGACAGAGUAACACUGCUGAUCCAGCUCAUGGAUUGGAAAAAAUGGCUAAGUGGUGAGAAUUUAGAGGAAGUUGUUGAGGAAUCUGAGUCCGAGUCCGAGGAUGACGAUUCCGACAUUGAGGCCAACGUCCCGAAGUCGAUCAGGCUUACCAAAGGAGUCAAAUUCAAGUAA